ACUAUGAAAUUUGUAUCCCACCUUAAGGAUAUAGCCAAAUACAGCAUCCAGUAUAUGUGUGUGACACAUUGUUUCUUUGAAUAUGUAGGAGAUUUUGUUGUGUGCAAUGGUCCCUCAAUGGAACCCACGCUGUUCUCCAAUAAUAUACUACUAACGGAAAGAAUAACCACACGUUUUCACAAACCCAAACGUGGUGAUAUAGUCAUUGCUGUUUCACCCACAAAUCCUGACCAGUACAUUUGCAAACGAGUCAUUGGUCUGCCGGGUGAUAAAAUCAUUACGGAAAAACUGGCGGAGAGUAAAGAAGAUGAAUCGCUGAGUAAAUCAGUAGAUAAAUAUACACCCACCUUCAAUGAUGAAUAUGUGCCAAAGGGGUUUGUAUGGGUUGAAGGUGACAAUAGUACAAAUAGCUCCGAUUCUCGAUAUUAUGGUCCAAUACCAUUGGGCCUUGUAAGAAGUAGAGCCAUUUGUAGAAUUUGGCCACUGAAUGAAAUUAAGGCAUUAUGA